AUGGCCCCCGGAAGAGGAGAGCUACUUCUCUAUUUAUUAUUAUUACUCGGGGCUGCUGUAGAUGCUGAAUGUAAUUUUACGAAGCUACCUGGGCAAAGCUGGGACCCGAAUUUUCGACUUUGCUAUGGGUCUGGCGGGAGUGGGAUUGGAUAUUGGUUCACCUCAUCUCAAAAUAACCAAUCCGACCCGCUGAUCAUCUACCUCGGCGACGCUGGCCCGUGCGGCCCGGCUAGAUCUGUUUUUGCCGAUAUUGGACCAUACCGUAUUGGCCGGGACCAUACAGUACUUCUCGAAAACGUUUAUUCCUGGAACAAGAUCUCCAACGUCCUAUUCCUCGACCUAUCGAUGACGUUCUUUGAGGGAAUGGACAAGUUUGUCGCUCUGAUUAACAAUUUUGUGACAAAAUUUCUGACGGAAAACCCGAGCUAUCAAACCAAUAUGGUCUAUUUUGCAGCCGGCGGCUAUGCGACCCCAGUGGCGAUUCGCGCGGCGAUGGACCCGAGAUUUAAUCAAACUUUCGGCGGCCUGAUUUUUACCGGCCCGUUGCUGAGCAUCAGCUCAUUGGUAGAUGCUGCUCCCCAUAUGCAAUAUUACGAUGGGUGGAGCUCGAUAAAAGACUACAAAAACCUUACUCAAUGCUGCCCGAAUGGUCUGGAAUACUGUGACUUUGCGCAGUAUGUGUACGUCGAUCAGUUUGGCUUUCCGGAAGCCAAAAAUUUCACGGAUCCAGUACAGCAAUGGUGUGCCAAAAAGGCGGCAUCCAUAGCCAUCGACUGCCUGGUUAGCGAAGAUAACGAUCAAUCGACGGACAAUCAGUACACGGAUUGCUACACGACAUGGCAGACCGGGGAUGCGUCCAAACGGUCGAAGCGAUCGGUGCGCAGCCGCAAUACUGAUGGCGCCAGGCCUGACGUUUUUAACAACGGAACGAAUGCGUUCUUUGACCAUGGGUCUCGGGUCAAUCCCUAUUCGACUGAUACCUCCGGCGGCUACAUCUGCGACUUCCGGACUCGUCUGCGAAGCUAUAUGUCGUGGAGCAAAGUAAAUUCUGCACUUUUCUGUGGCGACUUCUCCGAGUGGCCGCUGAACAACCCGGUUAGCGCGGACGUUAGCGACGACCUACAGGCGUUGAUCAACCAAUACGAGCAAACACGGCAAUAUUUCCCAUACCUGGCCAGCGAGGAAUUUUUGAAAAAGUUUUCGACGCGUGUCGACGGUAUACUAUUCGGUCGCGAGAGAUGGGAGUUCAUCACCGACUCGCUGUAUCAGGUGGAAGGCGGUAUGGGGCGGUCUAUGUUCACGAAGGCCGGCUCAGAGAUUUCAUUCCUGAUGGUCAAGGGUGCCGGCCACUUGCUUGGGUACGAUCGUCCGGAUGCUGUGCUCCAGAUGCUCACGAGGUUCCUUUUCCAAGAGCCUCCUGGACUUUCCGACAAACCACAGCCCUACAAGAUACCGUUUGCCGGACCGGAUAGGCAAUGGACCCGCAAGCAAGCCGAUCGAGUCUGGUGGCUACCGGCAAUGACCGUGCCCGUCAACUUCAAGCAGUACAGUGGAUACCUACAUGGAAAUGCUGGUGGUGUCAAGACGGCCGUACAUUAUUGGUUCCUGGAAUCGCAAGGAAACCCGGCUUCCGAUCCGCUAGUGUUGUGGUUGACUGGCGGUCCCGGAUGCAGUGGGAUGGGAGCGCUUUUGACGGAAAACGGACCUUUCCGGGUGAAUCCGGAUGGGAAGACGGUUUUUGAGAAUGUGUAUUCGUGGAAUAAGAUGGCCAACGUCCUCUACCUUGACGCCCCCUACGGCACCGGCUUCUCAUUCCGGAACGACGAUAAUGAGGUUGUCAUGCAGCAAACGGAUCUUACGACGGCCGCCGAAAUUUUCUCCGCCCUACAAGAUUUUUAUACCGUAUUCCCGGAAUAUAAGCAGCGUCAACUUUUCCUAUUCGGUGAAAGCUACGCAGCCAUUUUUGCGGCCUUGACGUCUGAAAGAAUACUGGCCGAUACUACUGGCAAUUUCAACCUUCAAGGGAUUGGAUUCGGAAAUGGGCAUGUUAGUGUGAAGCGACAGAUCAAUUCUGCAAUUCAUUAUCUUUAUUUCCAUGGUCAACUCGGGAAGAAAGAAUGGGAAAGCCUAAUUCCAUGCUGUAAUCAGUCGGACUCGGAUCCGUCGUGGUACGAAUAUUGUGACUUCUCGGUCUACAUGACAUGGGAUAACGGAGCGGUCACGCUCCCAUCGACGUCACCGACAACCUGGGAGGAUUCCCCCUGCUAUGCCAAUAACGCAGCCUCGAAAUGGUUGAAUCGGAAAGAAGUGAAAGAGGCUCUUCAUGUAUCGAACAGUAAUAUAAAUUGGACCGAGUGCAGUGCCACAAUACAACAAAAAUACCGACGCGGAUAUCAGGAGUUGGAUCCGCUGAUUGAUGCAGUGAUGAGCGCAGCGAACGGCAAGCCACUCCGUCUCCUAUUCUACAACGGCGACAUCGAUUCCUCCUCAAUUUUCAUGGGAAUCCAAUGGUUCGUCGAAGACUUGGCGAAGAGAAACUCGAUGCACAUCGAUAAGACCUAUGGACCAUGGAUCUACCGUACCCGAAACGCCGGCUACAACAAGCGAUUUAUGUCUUCGAAUGGGAAAUUGAGCGUUGAGUACACUACUGUUAAAGGUGCCGGUCACCUGGUGCCACUUGACAGAGCUGGGCCUGCUCUUCAGAUGUAUGCAAAUUUCUUAGCGGGACGGGAUUUCAAUACGCCGUUUUUGAUAAAUGACGCCGAUACGCCGUUAUUGGAGGAGUAUCAGGUCAAGAAACAGGCCGCAAAAAUGAACGCUGGCGAUUCUGGAGCUCAUCGAAGGACCAAGAGAAGUUCUCCUCCCGAGCAACCCUGGCCAAAACCAGCUCCUCCACCACCAGCCCCGACGACCAAGGAGCAAGACAAUGUCCCAAAGAUCCCGUUCGCAUCCUUCCAACCGAACUUCAAGACCUAUGCUGGGUAUCUGAAUGCGUCUGACGGGAAUUAUAUUUAUUACGUGUUGACGGAAUCGCAAAACAACCCUUCAAAGGAUCCACUGCUGUUGUGGUCGAAUGGAGGACCCGGAUGUUCUGGGCUUAUUGGAUUGUUUACAGAGAAUGGACCCUUCCGCAUCAACUUCGACAUGAAAUCGGUGUACGAGAACGUAUUCUCGUGGAAUAAGUUUGCCAACAUCCUCUGGAUCGAGUCCCCACGUGAUGUCGGCUUCUCCUAUCGAGCGAAUAACGUUCCGGAUGAUAAUGAGUGGAAUGACAAUAAGACAGCCGUUGACGUCGUCUUGGCCAUAAAAUCCUUCUACCAACGUUAUCCGGAGUAUGACGGCCGAGACUUCUACUUUACUGGCGAGUCCUACUGUGGUGUCUACCUACCCACCACUGCUGACGAGUUGCUGAAAAGAAAAUUGACCGGCGACCUGCUGAACGUCAAUUUCAAAGGAUUCGCGAUUGGAAACGGGAUCCACAAUGAGCAUCUGCAGAUUAACUCUGCAAUUUCGUUGUCGUACUAUCGAGGCAUGCGAGGGAAAGACGAGUACGAUCGGCUGAAAAACUGUGCUUGGGGCAACAUCUCGAACCCAAUGACGUACUACGACUUUCAGAGCUAUGUUGGGAUCGAUUCGGCUGGGUAUCCCUAUCCUUUGGUUGAUGACGAUACCACCUCCGGGCAAUGUGGAAAAUGGGUAGUAGAACAGGGCUACGACGAUACCUGGUAUUCCGGAAAUAAUUACUACAACACUUAUCAAGACAACUAUUCCCCAAGGGUCCAACCAAACCCACCAAACUCCCGGAAGAAGCGUGAGGCACAACCAUUGAGAAAUUCGAUGAAUUUUAUUGAUCAGACUUCCAAAAUCGACAAAGACUACACCGGCUUCAACUGGGGUUUCUACUUCUGGGGCGACCAGGCGGAUUAUUUGAAUCAACCGGAAGUGCGAGAGGCUUUCCAUGUUGGGUUGAACACUCGGGAGUAUCAUUCAUGCUACCGCUACCUCGACCGUCAGUAUAUCCAGACUCAUUUUGCUAUGGAGCCCGUCUACGAGUCGAUUUUUAUGCAAGCUGCUCAACUUAACACUCAAGUCCGAAUCCUGCAUUUCGAAGGAGAUGUCGAUAUGGGGUGCCAAUAUUUAAUGGCCGAAUGGUUUGACGAGAAUUUGGCAGCUGCGAACAAUUUUACUCGAACCAAGGCCCGAGCGCCAUGGUAUUAUUCGAUGGCUGGGAGGAAUGACUCGGAGACCAUCAAGGCAGGGUACCACAAACAAGGCACUGGAGCAUCAGCUACUAUAGACUACAUGACCGUUAAGGGAGCCGGCCACAUGGUGCCACUCGACCGUCCGGGUCCAGGGCUUCAGCUCCUUUACAACUUCAUCAUGGACCAGGAUAUGAGCUCGAAAUUCCCGUAUUCGAUCGAUCCUCAACCGCUCGACCAGAGUUAUGUCAAUCCAGCACCGGAUGUCUCAAUCCCCGCCCAGGACACCGUCUAUUUCUUGCCGGGCGUGACGUGGCCAUUGAAUUUUACCCAUUAUUCUGGCUAUCUGAAUUUGCAAUCGGAUUCGUAUGCUCAUUAUUGGUUCCUGGAGUCUCAAAACCUUCCCUAUAGCGAUCCGAUCGUGCUAUGGUUAAAUAGUGAGCCUGGUUGCUCAAAUUUGAGAGGCCUCUUCACCGAGAUCGGACCGUUCUUCCCAAACCAGUAUGGAGCGACCGUCUUCGAGAACCGCUUCUCUUGGAACAAAUAUGCAAAUCUGCUCUUUAUUGACGUGCCCUCGACGGGAGGAUUCGCAUACCAAAAGGCGGCUUCAGGUCCGAGUAACGAUACCGCGACCGUUGGACAGCUAUUCGAUGCUCUAACCGCAUUCCGGAAGUCGUAUCCGAAUUUUGCUAAUCGUCCGGUGUAUCUGGCCGGUCAGGGCUAUGCCGCUGUGGUGGCUGCUGCGUUGGCUGCGGACAUUACACAAAAAUUGGAGACCGGAAGGACGAAUAUUCCACUUGCCGGUGUAAUUUCGGUUAACGGACAGCUCGAUCUGAUGCGACAGGUCCGCGCACUUGCCUAUGAUCAAUAUUAUCGGGGCUUCAUGAUGGAUAACGGCUACGACCAGCUCCAAAACUGUUGCGAUACGCUGAAGCGAGAAUAUAACUCGUCGGAUUGCGACUUUGCCAUCUUCUUUGACUACAGCACUGGAAUACCUGUCGUGAAGCCCUUCGAGAAUCCGGAGAUGGCAAAAUGUGGUGAUGUGCUUCAGAGGAUGCAAAAUCAGGUUCUCCAAAAGCGUAUCACGGGCACCUACGGCGAUUGCUAUGUCUUCGAUUUCAAGAAGCCCAAAAACGACGCUGAAAAGGCAAAGGGAAGCCCGUUUUGCAGCACCAGUGGGAUCGGAUAUACCCGAGAGUAUAAUUCAACGAUGGAAAUCUAUAAGCAGUUGACGAGUGCUAUGAUUCCGUUAAGGCUACUUUUCUUAAACGGCGACGCCGACUACAGCAACAACCAUCGGGAAUCUGAGAGCUUCUUGCAAGCCCUUGUGGAUGCUGGGAACUUGGUUGUCGCUCAAGAACGCAACGGCUUCUGGUAUGAAACGCCAGGAGCGAUGGGAUUCUUAACUCGAUACCAGACUGCUAACUCGAAGGCUGAUGUGGAUUUCAUUACCGUUAAGGGAGCUGGCGCGAAUCCGGGACGAGAUCGCCCAAUUCCGACACUCUUUGCAAUCGCAAACUUCCUGGAAUACCAAUGUAUAGUCAGUAUACGGAGGACGGCGAGAUCGUACCAGAUCCAACGACCC